GUCGGUGAGGACGGAACGCUAGUAACGGAAGUGCUUCAAUAACGGACACACUGACCACUACGGCCACAGGAUGGACAUCUGAAGUUAAUACCAUCCAGGAGGUGCCGGUAGGGUCAAGUCCUCGACCUCUCGUUGGAAUCCCUCAUGACAACACAAUACGGCCGUGAUUCAUUAUUAAUCAGGGCCGAGAUGUGGUAACACGCGUUACACGGGUGUUAAUAAUGUAAUAUUAGGAGAGUUUGUUAACGAAUUUGGAUAGACUACGAUUGUCAACACGUGAGAACUGACACCUGUUGUCAGCAGUAGUCAGAUAACAAUCUGUUUGUCUUCUACAUGUUGAACACCAUGUGUAUUGCCAAUCGAUGAAUCAAAGUUCUUUCUGAUAGGAACGCUCAUCGUAAAUUUCGGUAACAUCAAACUAAAAAGCUGAACAAGUGAUCAUUUCCCUAUUACAAGGAAAUGCUCGGCUAUUUCUACGCUAAUCGACAUUGUAUAUCACAACAUCAAGCGACAAGGAAGGUUUAUGUGUUUGUAAAGUGAUCGUUCACUAUCUGUGAUAUAUCCAAGUGAUUGCAUAAGUAGCCGGAUACCACUCUAAAUCUCGGACUAACUGUUAGGGAAAGAUAGAGUGUCGGGAUAUUUAAAGCCAGACAUUUACAACAUUUCAGCUCUGUUGUAUAAAGGAUAGAAACAAUUUCUCUUGUAACACGGACAGCAAAUAUAGACCUUGACAACAUGCUACAGUAGAAUAGGAAAGCACGUUGUUAUUGCCUCGUGUUUAGAUAUCUAAUUGGUCCGAGUUCAUUGGUACUGUGGCAUACACAAUGGACACACAUGUCCAUGUAUACUUGUAAGACUGAUGUGUUGACACAUUGCUAUUAUCUAUAUCAACAAUGACCGAAAAGAAAAAUACGGACAAGCGACGGCAGUCCUCGAGCAGGGUGGCUCCUGUUCAGUGCAUCUCAUCUCCUAGAGAAAGAGAGGAUCGGCUAACCCCUAAACCCCGGGACGGACUCACAACCCCUAAACCCCGAGAGGGUUCCAUAACGCCUAAAAUACGAGAUAAUCCAUCUACCCCGAGACAUAGGAGCAAUGACGAAACGCUGACGUCUAAACACAAGGACAGUGACGAAACACUAAAGGAAAAGCGAAGUGCGAGCGAGCCUGACCAUUCUAAAACACUGAGUCGUUUGGGUAUUCGUCGGCCCACAAUAAAAACCCCUAAAACGCGAUGGAAGUCCCAGGAUAGUUCAAACUCUGUUUUCACGUCAGAAGACAUCGAUGAAGCGGACGCUCCAGUGUUCCAUGAGAGAAAGGGUUCAAGAAAAUGGAGUAUAUCAACUGGUAUGAUUAUGUCUAGGACUCGAAAACACGACUCGGACAGUGCUCUUAUGACGUCCAAGCCCGAGUGGUCAAGGGCCCACAAACGUAUGUCCUUGGUCAACGUCGUCUCUAAAAUGAUAGGAUCUAACAGUCUACAGCCACUGCAGCAGAAUAAGCGACGGCCAUCCAAACUGGAACAACUGAGGGACUUCAAUAAGAAACAGCUGCUUAAAAAGUUUCGGUUGGUGGGGAAACUGACUGUCAUCUGUGUCAGACUGUUUAAAGCUCACUCUUUAAGAGAGAAGGAACAUGAAGACGAGGUAUCGCCUUUCAUUAAAGGAUUACACUUCCAUGACUAUGAUGCCCCGCCUGACCUUCUUUUUGACAGAUCUAUCUUCAAGGCAAACAAAUCCAUGAGAAUACCGGAGGAAACAAAGAAGAUACUCUGUAAAAUCUCGCGUGACCGAACGGAAAGAGAAGUUUAUGUGGCACAAAUAGCAUUACGCAAUAUCAAAGCCAUUGCUGAUUACCCGCAAAAUAUGCAAAUGAAGAUUGCUCAAGUUGGUCAGUACGAAAGGUAUGAAGCGAAGCGGAUAGUCCUACGACAAGGCCAUCCUGCGUCGUCCUACUAUUUCGUCCUGUCGGGGGAAGCUGUGGUGAUGGUUAUGGACGAGUCCAGGACGUAUGCCAGACCAGCUUUUCACAUCAAUAAAGGGGGCGACUUCGGGGAACUGUCUAUUAUACAAGGAACAAAGCGGAAUGCUACCAUCAUAUGUAAGGAGCCAUGUGAAUUCUUAAGCAUAGGCAAGAGGGAUUACAAGCGUAUAUUCAUGUCAGGUGGUACUAAAAGUCUUGGUGAUCCGGACCAGGAAAAGUUCUUAAGAUCCCUGAGUUUCCUUGAUGGCUGGCCGAUUGAAAAGUUGAAAGAAUCCCCAGACAAGACGAAAUUCCUAUAUUUCAAGCGAGGCGAUGUUCUUGCGCAGGAUUCAAAUUACUACGACUGGAUUAUAGUCGUUAAAUCGGGGAGUGUGCAGAUCCUCAAAAAGCUCAAGAAAGUAGUACCGUUUGAAUGGAAGAAGAAAGCAAAAGUGGUGACAUAUGUUUCGGCAAAAGAAAAACGUGAUAAUCAAGAAAAACGCAACGUCAGCAGGAGAAUACUGGCAGAGUUGAAAAUUCCUCUUCGCAAUGUUGAUGAGGAAGACGAUUUUGUGGAGGAAUAUCCAGGUAAACCACGCCCAUUUCAACACCCUCCUUCUCCUGACAACAAAAACACCAACAAUCAAGUGAAGGAGGAUGACGUCACUCUUCCGGCUAUACAUCACAGUCAGAAUAAAGAAAACAAACCAAGAAAUUCGUUCCCGAAAAUUGAGUCACAAAUCUUGCCACGCCUGUCUGAAAAGGAAGCAGCCGAAGUAAAUAAUGCAGACGAAAAUGACGACGAGGAUUACGACGAAGAAGCUGAAGAUGAGUUAGAUGAACUACCGACUGAUAUCAGUAUGGAACGGAUGAAUCAUAUACAAAACGAUGAUAGCCGUGGUAAAAGACGUCAAAGUUUAUUUGAAAAGGAGAAGGAGCUUAUGGGAUUCAAGGAACAUAAACGAACGAUUCAGGAAGAUCUGGCCAAGACUAAGGAUAUGGAUGACCUCACAGAAGCCGAUCUCAGACCCGAAUUUGUAGAGGUGCAGACAUUAACCAAAGGACACGUUUUUGGUCUAGCUGGGAUCAUACUGGAACCUCAGCCCAGUUUUUGUGUGGUCAGUAACGGAGCGGAUAUCAUUCUCAUUGAUAAAGACUUUUAUAUUCACCAUACUUCGGAUGUCCUGAAAAACAAGAUGAGGCAGGAGCUAUGCCCGUAUCCUACUGACGAAGAGAUGCAGAAUAAGCUACAACAGAACGUGGACUGGUCAGCCUACCGAACGGAGACCAUGUCACAGACUUUGGAUUACUUAAAGACCAGACGAGAGCAGCGCAUGACGUUAACAGCGUGAUGUCACUGAGUCUAAUUGUAUGUUGUGCUUGUCAUGGAAACAUAUCAAAAUAUAAAGCGUCAUAAACAAUUCUGGAUACCUGAAGACAAAGCGAAGAGAAGUGAAACUUUUGGAAAGUUCAAGUAAUACUUUCGGAACAAAAGGUUGGAACAUCCAUGUAUGACGUGAUAAAUGACACCAAAGUUAUGGGAAAAUGUUACAAUGUGUAAAUCAAAAGUGCUUUUCUUAAGGUAGCUGGAAUAUUCUGUAUCUGUGGUAGACUAAACAGCUUAAUACGCCACACUGUGCCAAAAUACUACACCAUAAUAUUGGUAGGGACUUUUGAAAUCUCUUCCAACCCCUUAUCAUAUAUUACAUGUUUAGUAUUUAUUCUUUUUGCUUACAUAACCGACUAUCUGAUAUUUUUGACAUUUAAACUAUUCUGUUGUCUCACUUAACCACUAAUAUGCCCCCAGUUUAAACAUCGGUGUGUUUAUUGGAAUGUUUGUAAGAGUAGAAUUCGGUUGUUGAAUUGUUUGUUUGUUUGUGUUUUACGGCCCAUCGACAACUGGGGUCAUUUAGGUUGUUGAAAGAACAUCGAAGCAUUGAUGCUAUUGAGAUAUCAUGGCAUACUUGUCAUCCUAAUGGAAGAUGUUGCGUUCGUACGCAAUGUUGUUAUUUUCACGAUUUCCUUACACGGCCAUUGUAAUAUCUGUUUAACGUAUGACAUAAUGUAUAUGACCUCUCGUGUAAACGAGAACAAUUAAUUGAUUCUGUGAUAUACAUUGAGGCACAAUAAAUCAAUCUACAAUUUAUAUACAUUUUAUGGACUAAAACAGUUUUAUUCCAUGUGGCAUCAUUGUCAUAGUUUCAGUAAUAUAUGAAUUCUCUAAUGUUUUAUUACGCCGUUGACGAGUUCAUACUUUCUCUUGCAUUAUCUUUUUCUAAUAAUAAUAUUUAAAAUCUAAAUUGUACAGUAACACCAUGUCCAACAGUUCAAUAUCACUUUUUUCACUAACAACUAUCAUCACACCUUUACUUUGGUAAAGGUUGGUCAGUACACACAGGUCUGGCCGGACUAGUUAUAGAGCAGGACUUCAGACUUCACACUAAAUAACCGCGAGUAUUACGAUAAUGUAUUGCUAUUUAUCAUUUUUGCCAUUUUUGCUGUUAUUGAUUUUUUAGACAGAAAUAGAACCGGUCAACUAAUAUUGCACACAUUUAUAUAAGUUAUUUGAUUGUAUUGUUUUCUUUUCUAUUUUGGAUUAUUGCUUGAUGAAGAUUUUGUGCAAUACAAGACUAUCAUCUACUAAAAUAGUAUUGAAUGCUUGGAAAUGGAAAACAUACUUCCACCCGUUUGUCUUUUCUUAAAAUAGUUAUACGUUGUAUAACCUCUGUUCUUUUCCUGUCACGGUUCAGUUGUACACUGACGUGUUUACACAAAAUAGUUAUACAUUGUAUAACCUCUGUUCUUUUCCUGUCACGGUUCAGUUGUACACUGAUAUGUUUACGCAAAAUAGUUAUACAUUGUAUAACCUCUGUUCUUUUUCUGUCACGGUUCAGUUGUACACUGAUAUGUUUACACAAAAUAGUUAUACAUUGAAUAACCUCUGUUCUUUUCCUGUCACGGUUCAGUUGUACACUGAUAUGUUUACACAAAAUAGUUAUACAUUGUAUAACCUCUGUUCUUUUCCUGUCACGGUUCAGUUGUACACUGACAUGUUUACACAAAAUAGUUAUACAUUGUAUAACCUCUGUUCUUUUCCUGUCACGGUUCAGUUGUACACUGAUAUGUUUACACAAAAUAGUUAUACAUUGUAUAACCUCUGUUCUUUUCCUGUCACGGUUCAGUUGUACACUGACAUGUUUACACAAAAUAGUUUGUUUUAACGUAUUGUGACCUAGUUGUUAGCUAUGUGAUUUCGAUUCUGUGAUAUAUGUAUUUUGUACUUCCUCAGUUUUGAUUCAAAAUAUCAAAAAGUGGCGAUCCAAUUUCAAACAGGUACAGUUUUGUUUUUAAGCACGUGAUGAAUAUGUUACAAUAAAACAUUCUUUUUCUAUAAA